CCCUGGAUAGGUGCCCCUGCCGGGGGUGCCAGGGGUACGAGGGGGCCGAGCGGGGCCGAGCGGGGCCCCUACCGGCCCGGCGAUAUCGGCGCACUUCUCUCCAUCCUCUUGGACGCGCCGCGUCGGGGAAGCGUCGGACGAGGCCUGGCAUGGUAUUCGUGGUGAGACAGGCCUCCGACGGCAAGUGGCGAGCAGUGGCAAGUGCCAGUUGCUCGCCGGCACUUGCCACGGCUGGUCGGACUCGGCCGCAGAAGGCCCGGACAAGUGACCCGAAGUCGCGAGGCUUCCCUGGGCCCCCCGGAGAAGCGCAGCUCUUUUUGGCCCUCCCGGAGAAGCGCGGCUCUUCUUGGGCACCCUGGAGAAGCGCAAGCCCCCUUCGGCCCCCCCGGAGAAGCGCGAGCCCUCCUGGCCCUCCCGGUUAAGCGCAGGCUCGCCAGGUUAAGCGCAGCCCCCCUUUGGGAAACGGGAUCGAGGGGCCGGUGCGCCCCUCGGCCGGCCAGUGCCGAUAACCGUCGGGCCCGGACCCCGAGGACGGCCUGCCAUGCCACGUGCGCGCGCCGCCGUGGCCCCCCGCGAGUGACCGCCCGCCCCCUGCUACCUGCGACGCACCUGCCGCGCCGGCACCUGAUACCCCCUUCAGGAUGCUGCUGCUCCCGAGCGCCUCCCUCGGGCUUCUCUUACUGCUGCACCUAGCCGCGGCGGAUUCCUCGCCGGCCAAGGAGGACUGUAAAAGGAGGAUAGCCGAGUGCACGAUGAGCGGAGGGAACAGUGCUCCAGUUUGUGGCAGCGACGGUGUCACGUAUCCUAGUCAAUGUCAGGUCAUCUCUAAGCAGUGCCAGGGUGUCUCUCUUCUCGUUAAGCACACGGGACCUUGUCCAGAUACGCCGCCAUGUUUCUCGGCCCGACUGACGGCGCGGUCGGGUGCGCGGCCCUCGUGCCGGGCGGACGGCACGUACGCGCCGGUGCAGUGCCACGAGGAGACCGGGUACUGCUGGUGCGUGACCGCCCAAGGCCGGCCGAUACCGGACACCUCGGUAAGACACCAAAGACCAAGAUGUAUGAGACCCGGAUCCCGAUCCGCUGCUUCUACCAGGAGCGGCCAGCGCCGCCGCUCGCCUCCCCGGAACCCGCGCAGGCAGUACCCCGACGCCCGCCACCGGAACACCUGCGACCGCCACGAGAGGUCCAAGUUCAACGGGAAUCUCAUCGACAACUUCAAGAUCGAGUACCGCAGGACCAACAUCUCCGCCGACGGAGACAAGAACGUCGAACGCGUCCUCUCCUGGAAGUUCAUGACCCUGGAUAAGGAUGGCGAUGGUUUCUUGGACAGGACCGAGUACAGGGAGCUCAGGAGGCUCGCCAAAAAGGCGGUACGCCCGAAAAAGUGCGCCAGGACUUUUGCAAGGACCUGCGACCUGAAUCGGGACCUGAAACUAUCUCGCCAGGAAUGGGGAGCUUGCCUGGCGAACGAUUUCACUCUACGUUUGUUCUUGUCGCUGAACCCUGCAGACGAGCGCCCCGAGGUCCCUGAGGCCCAGAGGACCCGGGCCACGGACCAAGUUUUGAAAGGAAAUCCUGCCCCGGUACAUACGAGACCGACCUUCAAUGACGAUCCUCCGGACACCAAGGAAGACAGUGACGCGAACGACUGCAUAUCUGACAGGAAAUCGGUCCUGGACGACCAGAAGCAGAACUCCCAGGAGAAGUUCUACAUCCCCCAGUGCACCCCGGAUGGGAGGUACCACAAGGUGCAGUGUUACUCGGGGUACUGUUGGUGCGUCUACCAGGACACCGGGAAGCCGAUACCAGGGACGUCCUCGAAGGACAGGACGCCGAAUUGCAACCCGGUACCCACGCCCAGCCGACCCAUGAAAGGGUGUCCGGAGACGAAAAAGCAGAUGUUCCUAAGGGACCUGAUGGACCUGAUGCAGAAGAAGAUGAAGGCCUCCAGCGCCGACUCCGAGGAGACCACCGCCGAGUGGCAAGCCUCGAAGGAGGAGCGAAUAGCCACUUGGCACUUUGUUAUGCUCGAUAAAAAUAAGAACAAGGUGCUGGAGAGGAAGGAGUGGAAGAGCUUCCGGACUAUGGUAGCUAGCAACAGGCAAUUACGCAGGUGCGGUAAAAAGCUGCCCAGGUACUGUGAUAUCAACAAUGACCGGCGAAUCAGCAUGACGGAGUGGCUGAGCUGCCUGAAUGCGCAACGGCCCACGCCAGCUGAGAGCUCGGAGACGUCGACCUUGAAGUCGAAGCUGAAGGGACAGAAUCCACUGGAUCGGUUCUUGAACGACGAUUAGUCCUCGUGGAGUUGUCUUUUAACGACCGAACGAGAACUCGGAGUCUCGGAAGAAAAUUAUGCUGCCAUUGUGCGCGCCUUCGCCGAGGAGGCGCGACCCUGAAAACGAUGUUUGUACUUUUCUAUCCGGUGAUAAAUAAUGUCACACCCUUCGACGGCUGUACUUGCUAGGGAGUCCCGGGGCGAAGGAGUCGACGCGUGGUCGGAAGGGUUCAACGUUCCAUGGAACGUUUAACCGAUUAAACGUGCAGACAGAUGUAGAUAUUUAUGUGUUUGAUGUUGCGGUGCUACGGCGGAUUUGCUACUUGCAUAUCCAGGGCGAAGCAAAUUGGCGAAGGGUUACCUGAGGAGUUAGGAGAAUGCGAGCGGUUUCUAGAUUAGGUGGAGAAUACUUUUCUGAAAAGUUAGAUUAAUUAACGACUAGCUGGACCGAUUGGAUUAAUUGUUGAGUUUGGGCGAAGGUUAUGUUAUAGUUUAUCCACUAAGUGAAGGUUCAUCGAAGUUCUCCUAGUGCCGAGAUAAAGCCUGCGUCACCAAGUUCCCGAGAAGUAGAGAGCUGAAGAUUGUCGAUAAAUAAUUGCUCCACUUUAGAAUGUCUUGGUAUUAAGGCACGUCGAGAGAUGCGGUCUCUUCUUUUUUUUUCUUUUCUUUUUUUAUUUAAUUUAAUGCCUUACCCCGUUAAAUGCAGCACUCUGUCUCGUAAUUAAUAAGUACGAAGGUAAUUGUUUCUGUAGGAACUUUCCCUCGCCUCGAAGUAUCGUUAGUGUACUUUUGAACUACAAUAAGCACACGAGUGCGUCCUUUGAUACUCAAUACUGAUUCUCAUUAGCUUCAUAGCGCUCCACGGAAUCCUUAUU